AUGGACCCACUCGAUUUCUCUGCCGAUCAGGACCGCCCCCUUAUCGAAUAUCAAUCGGUAUCUUCAGAAUGUUCCCACGACAUUGUCGAACGACCCGAACGUUUACACGAAUGGUUGAAGUCGCAUGAAAUUGAACAGCUGCAUGAACGUUUCGUGACAAAACGAAAACUUAGCUAUGCCGAGCUGCGUGAAGAGUUGGAAUAUCUCAACAUAACUUUUAAUGACCUCGAAUAUCAGCGGUUAUUUUUGAAAAUAAAUCAAAAUCGUGAUUUCAAAUGCGAUUGGAAUGAAUUUGUAUCGUAUUUGAUAUUUGGUUUCCAGGACGAUGAUCCAUCGGGUCAAAAGGAAGCGUUGACAUUGCCCAUAUCAUCCCAGCCCAUGGUUAGGAAAUCGGAACAUAAAUCUGCGGUAUGUUGUAUCAGUUUGAUGAAGAUUUAUGAUGAUGAUGAGGAUUUCGAUGAAGAAGCCGAAGAAAUGAAACGUAAAUUGGCAAGUUUGUCUGUGAAUGAUACCCCAGAAAAUACCGGUGUUUGGAUAACGGGUAGCAAGGAGGGUCAAAUAAGAUUUUGGUCGCCCAAUUUGGAACCUUUGCGCAGUGGCAUGUCGGAAAGUAUCCACUUGAAAAUGUCCACCUGGAUAUUGGCCAUCCAGGCUUUGUCGGAUGUUAGCAUUGUCUGUACCUCUUCCACAGAACGGGAAUUGCGAUUUCAUGAAACAGUGGCCUCCACAUUUACCUUGCGGAUUGUAGUUCGCAGUAUGCCCUAUGCUGUUUGCUGUAUGUCCUACAGCUUCUUUCCGAAUGGCAGAACAAAUUCUCGCCUAGUUUUGGGCGACUAUGGUGGUAAUGUUCGCAUUUUGGAAUUUAAUCCACAUUUGAGAGGACCAUUCCAGUCGAAGCCUGGAGCGGCGUUGGUAGAAGUUUUCUGGUCGGAUAUAAUUAAGGGAAAACUUCCACAGUUCAUUGUCCACGAAUAUCCGAAUAUCCAUAGCGAACUUAUACAACAGACCUUCUAUUCGAUGCGUUUGAAUUCCCUAUUUUCGGCUGCCGAAUAUCGGAAUACGAAAAAAUAUCGGGGACGAUGUCCAGGGCUGAUAGUGGCCAAUGGGGACGAGAAGACUAUUUUUCGGAUACCUUUGGGUGUCACCACCUUCUUUGUGGAUGAGAAGAACAACAUUGUUGUAACCGGUGGCCCGGAUACCUUUGUACGAAUUUGGGAUGUCUAUAUACCCGGUGAACCUUCGGGAAUUUUGACGGGUCAUAAUGGUGGGAUCGUUAUGGUAUUUGUCCAACCUGAUGAAAAGAAGGUUUACAGUGUGGACUACCAAAAAAUCAUCAAAGUUUGGGAUCUAACGGAACAUGUCCUGCUGCAGACCUAUGGUGAUUUGGUACGCCUAAUACCUGGGGAAACAGAUUUGGCCUAUUACUAUCACCCCCAUAUGCGAGUUCUCCUGGUGGGCGGUCGCAAAUUGGUCGCCUUGAAAUGCAACCCUCGGGUGCGGGUGGAUCUGACAGAUGGCAAUACUCAUGCUGCUCCGGUCUCGGUGGUUUUAUAUAAUCGGCUGUUUCGAAAUGUUGUCACCUGCGGUUUGGAUAGUUAUAUCAUUGUUUGGGAUCCAUGGACCGGUCGUAGGAAAAUUAUUAUGAAAAAUUGUCAUACCAAGCAAAUGUACGGAGAGAAUAUUGAUAUCGAAAUUACAGCAGCCUGCUUUGAUCCACUGGAACAAUUUUUGCUGACCGGAGCUCGAGAUGGUUCGCUGAAAAUAUGGAAUUAUAAUAAUGCGGUGUGUAUUCGGAAUAUGAGUAUUCGAGCGGAACAUGAAGUCACUGCAGUGAUAUGGGUUGUGGAGAGAAUCCUAGCCGUUGGCUGGGAUAUGCAGGUAACGGAAUUCAAUGAUGCCGAGGGUCGUGAGUAUGGUGAUGCCAAAAAAUGGCCCAUGUUCCAUACGGAUGAUAUCACCUGUGCCGAUGUAAAACUGGGUGAAGGUGUCAUAACUGCCACCUAUUCGGGUGAAUUGAUAUUUUGGAAAUUGGAAACGGGUCAACCAUAUCGACGUUACAAUGUUGCCACACCGGAUAAAUUUAUUGAACUGAAAUAUCAUCGCCCGGAAGACGAUGAAGCAGAGGAUGAAGAUUCGGAAGAGCUGAGACGUGCUAGUGAGCGUAGAAGACAAUCAUAUCAUGUCAGUAUAUCGCGUUAUGAGGCCGAUGAAGGUGAGGCUAUCAGCUUGGAGGAGCAGCAUAGUGAGCGAAGUGAGUCGCUACCCAUGUCGGUGCAGGCGGUGUUAUUUUUACAAACCCGGCCCAUGAAUCGGGAACAUGGUAGUGUAUUUGUCUCUCUGGAAACGGGUGUAAUACAAAUCUAUUCUCAUCAUCAUCAUGGCGGCUAUUUGGAUCAAUUUAAUGCCAUUCAUAAGACGGGAGAUUGUGUCCUGGCCAUGGCUACAGAUCGCAAGAAUCGUUAUUUGUUUAACGGAACUGCAUUUGGUUAUAUCAAGAUAUGGUAUAUUGAGAAUUUUGGGAUACCCGAAAAGGAUAAAGUGAAAGUUAACAUGCCAUUGUUGCGGUUACAAUUUAUAUUUUUGCGAAAUGACAGAUUUCUAACGAGAUCCAAGCGAGCAGUACGCCAUCAGACGGAGCCGUUGCUGGUUAGCUCCUACAAGGGGCAUCUAAGGGCCAUCAAUUCAAUUGCCUAUAUAAAUCAAACGAAAAUAUUAAUAACGGGCAGUCACGAUUGCUCCUGCCGUCUGUGGUCACUGGGUGGCCGUUAUUUGGGUACUUUAGGGUCCCCAUUGCCUUGGAUGAAAUUAUCGCCCUUCGAAUCAGUUGAAGAGAAAUAUGAAAAGUUUCGCAUGCCACCCGAUAUACAAAAGGUGGCCAGUUCGACAACCAUGAAGGUCAUUACCGGUCAACAAUUGGACAACUUUCCCAUGGCAUAUCCCAAGGAAAAAUCAAAUCAAGCAGCUUCCUCCAAAGACCCUAAUGGUGAUGGUGGUGUGGAGGAUGAUCAAGAUAAUAUAUCUCGUUUAUAUGGCCAAUCGUUGCGUGCUCCCAUCUUGGGUAAACAUUUCCAGCUGCCAGGACGCAGUGCAGUGGAGCAACGUAUCGAUUUGGAUAUAACCGCUUCGUAUAUUCCUGUUUUUACCCAUCUCAAAAUUCAUGAAGCCAAUGAAUUGGUUAGACCCUCAACACCUCCAGCUAUACGACGAGUGGCUACGGAAAAUUAUAUGGAUUUUUAUGAACCAAAGAUGCCGAGGGAAGGGGAUUCAACACAGCGAGAUAGUUUAAAGGAGUCGGGAUUAUUGAAGCCCCGUAGGAGGUCGGUGGUCAAGCCUUCUGUGGCCUUUGGGCCAAAUGAAGAAAGGGGAGUUGAAUGA